AUACAUAUUUUUUUAAAAAAAAAGAAUAAUAGAUUUUUCAUUGCUGCACAUUAAAGAAAGCUCUUUGUCUCCAACCGUGCCUCAGGUCAGUGUUUAACUGGCGUGUGAGUGCGAGUGAGUGUAUGUAUGCGUGUGAACCAGAAGUACAUUUUUUUCAUUUCUUUGACCUGUUCAGCAAUGCAUGUAAUAGAUAUUCUUUCAAGUUGGUUGGAGUAGUUGUUGAAAAAUUCUGUUUGUUUUAGAGUAAGUAGUUGUUGAAGCUAGUGGGAAAGUUUACUUGUACGUUGAGCUUACUUCUUCAAGUUGGUAUUUUUAAUGGAGGGGUUUUGCGCUACAUCUGUGUGGUCAUAUCAGAUACUCACCCCAUUAUCUCACAGUAAAUCCUAACAAAUGUGGUUGCGGUUUCUGGUUUAAAUCUUUCACGGAAGCCUGCUAAGCGUUACUCUGCUACUUGUUGUGUGCUAGAAUUGAUUAGGUUCUUUUCUCCUUCCUUUGUUAGUUCACAACAAACACAGUAAGCCUACUAACUCAUAGCUCUCGGGCAUCUUUUUUGUAGUCACCCUUGUGUGAAAAGACUAAAGAUUGCUGUAAACUAUCGGGUUUUGGGUCUAUGAAAAAGUUGACGUUUUCAGUAUUAGUGAUAUCAUCUCUGUAAAUCCUUAUUUUGUUUUGAAAGUUUGGUUUCAAAAUCCUAAGUUUCUGUGUCUUCUACACUUCGAGUGUUUUUGAAUCCCGUCUGGUUCUAUAGUGUGAACUAGAAAAAUGCAGAAGCCUCCGCAACUUCAAGAUUUUGCUCUUAAGGAGACCUCACCCAAGAUUGGCGCGGGUGCCAUCACGGGUGAUAAGCUCUCCUGCACCUAUGAUCUUGUUGAGCAAAUGCAGUACCUUUAUGUCCGUGUUGUCAAAGCGAAGGAAUUACCUGGAAAAGAUGUUACUGGUAGUUGUGAUCCCUAUGUUGAAGUGAAACUUGGAAAUUAUAAGGGAGUUACUAAACAUUUUGAGAAGAAGUCCAACCCUGAAUGGAAUCAGGUUUUCGCCUUCUCAAAAGAACGAAUCCAAGCUUCACUUUUGGAAGUGGUGGUGAAAGACAAGGAUGUUGUGCUAGAUGAGUUCAUGGGCAAGGUUAUGUUUGAUCUCAAUGACAUCCCGAAACGUGUUCCACCGGAUAGCCCAUUGGCGCCGCAGUGGUAUAGACUGGAGGACCGGAGGGGGGAUAAGGUUAAGGGAGAGCUGAUGCUAGCUGUUUGGAUGGGAACUCAAGCGGAUGAGGCGUUUCCUGAUGCAUGGCAUUCAGAUGCUGCAACUGUUGGCCCUGAUGGUGUUGCAAACAUUCGAUCAAAGGUGUAUCUUUCCCCGAGGCUUUGGUAUGUGAGGGUCAAUGUGAUUGAAGCUCAGGACUUGCUACCCAACGAUAAAAGUAGGUACCCAGAAGUUUUUGUGAAGGUUAUCCUUGGAAACCAGGCAUUGAGGACUAGAACAUCACAAAGUAAGAGUAUCAAUCCCAUAUGGAAUGAGGACUUACUGUUUGUUGUUGCUGAACCGUUUGAGGAACGCUUGAUUCUGACUGUGGAAGAUAGGGUGGGAUCAAACAAGGAUGAUACCUUGGGGAAGUGUUUGAUUCCUUUACAGAAUGUACAGAGGAGGUUAGACCAUAAGCCUGUAAUCUCUAGGUGGUUUAAUCUUGAGAAGCAUAUAGUUGUAGAAGGGGAGAAGAAGAAGGAGACUAAAUUUGCCAGUAGGAUUCAUUUGAGGAUCUCCUUGGAUGGUGGGUACCAUGUUUUGGAUGAAUCUACACACUAUAGUAGUGAUCUAAGGCCAACAGCAAAGCAAUUGUGGAAGUCCAACAUUGGGAUUCUGGAACUGGGGGUUAUAAGUGCUCGGGGGUUGAUGCCAAUGAAGACAAAAGAUGGUCGAGGAACCACAGAUGCUUAUUGUGUAGCUAAAUAUGGGCAGAAAUGGGUCCGAACAAGGACAAUUGUGGAUAGCUUUUUGCCAAAGUGGAAUGAACAAUACAUUUGGGAGGUUUACGACCCAUGUACUGUCAUUACAAUAGGAGUUUUUGAUAAUGGUCAUAUACAUGGGGGAGAUAAAGCUGGAGGGGCGAAGGAUUCGAAAAUUGGGAAGGUAAGGAUUCGGCUAUCAACCCUUGAAGCUGACAGAGUUUACACGCACUCAUAUCCCCUUCUGGUCCUGCAAUCUUCAGGGGUGAAGAAGACGGGUGAAAUUGAGUUGGCUGUGAGAUUCACAUGUUCAUCUUUGUUUAACAUGUUGCAUCUGUAUUCACACCCGUUGUUGCCAAAAAUGCACUACAUUCAUCCCCUGUCUGUAAUUCAGCUUGAUAGCUUGAGGCACCAGGCUAUGCAAAUUGUCUCCAUGAGGCUGAGCCGUGCUGAACCACCUUUGAGGAAAGAGGUGGUGGCAUACAUGCUGGAUGUGGAUUCACAUAUGUGGAGUAUGAGGAGGAGCAAAGCCAACUUUUUCAGAAUCAUGGGAGUUCUAAGUGGGUUGAUUGCAGUUGGAAAAUGGUUUGAUUCUAUCUGCAAUUGGAAGAACCCUCUCACAACCAUUUUGAUUCACAUCCUUUUCAUUAUAUUGAUCCUUUAUCCAGAGCUUAUACUUCCAACUAUCUUUCUGUACCUUUUCUUGAUUGGAAUUUGGAACUUCCGAUGGCGAUCACGACACCCUCCUCACAUGGACACCCGGCUGUCCCAUGCUGAUGUUGUUCAUCCUGAUGAACUAGAUGAAGAGUUUGAUACAUUCCCUACUUCCCGGUCAUCGGAUAUGGUUAGGAUGAGAUAUGAUCGACUGAGAAGUAUUGGAGGGAGGGUUCAGACUGUGGUUGGUGACCUGGCUACUCAAGGGGAAAGGUUUCAGUCUCUGCUGAGCUGGAGAGACCCAAGAGCAACCACUCUGUUCGUUACCUUCUGUUUCAUUGCUGCCAUUGUUCUCUAUGUUACUCCUUUCCAAGUUGUGGCCCUUCUCAUAGGACUUUAUGUAUUAAGGCAUCCCAGGUUCCGCCACAAACUUCCUUCAGUUCCACUCAACUUCUUUAGAAGGUUGCCUGCAAGAUCGGACAGCAUGCUGUAAGCAAUUGUGGCCUUCAUAGCUGCUGUCUCCUCCCUAUCAUUUUCUCCAUGUGCCAUAGUUCUGCAGAUGUUGCUGCAGCAAGAGCCGCGGCAAGUGGAUCUUUGUUUGAUUAAUUUUAGUUGGUGUAGGUUUAUGGUCCUUACAAUAUGUAAUUUUCCUCCAGAUUGUCAUCUAAUAAACUAUUAUCUAUUGCAAUAUGUAAAA